GCGAAGUAGAGCCUGGGAGGGAGAGGGAGAGGUAGUGAUUAGAAUCCGAUGCAAUCCUGCGUGCAGGUGGACAGAAUGACAAUAAAACUUGGUGGAGCAUAAUCUUCAGUUUUUAACGUGUCGUUUGGUACUGAUAUUGUCGGGGUGUAUUUGAAAAGGAGCGAGAAAAGUGAUGGUGAAAAUCGUUCUUUGAGAAAGACAGGGAGUGAAAUAGAGAGUUUCCCUCAGUAACCGGGUUAAAAUCAAAAACAUUCAUUGGGUACCAGGAGAAACCCCAACCAUGGAACUGAGAGUGGGAAACAGGUACCGGCUCGGCAGGAAAAUCGGCAGCGGGUCCUUCGGAGACAUUUACCUGGGAACUGACAUUGCUGCAGGAGAGGAGGUAGCCAUCAAGCUGGAAUGUGUGAAAACCAAACACCCACAGUUGCACAUUGAGAGCAAGAUCUACAAAAUGAUGCAAGGAGGAGUUGGGAUCCCCACCAUCAAGUGGUGUGGUGCUGAGGGAGAUUACAAUGUGAUGGUGAUGGAACUGCUUGGACCAAGUCUUGAGGAUCUCUUUAACUUCUGUUCUCGUAAAUUCAGCCUUAAGACAGUCCUUCUCCUUGCUGAUCAGAUGAUCAGCAGAAUUGAGUACAUUCAUUCAAAAAAUUUCAUCCAUCGUGAUGUGAAACCAGACAACUUUCUAAUGGGAUUGGGAAAGAAAGGCAACCUAGUCUACAUUAUUGACUUUGGGCUAGCAAAAAAGUACCGGGAUGCACGAACACAUCAACAUAUACCAUAUCGUGAAAAUAAGAACCUUACAGGAACAGCUCGAUAUGCCUCGAUAAAUACACAUUUGGGAAUAGAGCAAAGCCGACGUGAUGAUUUGGAGUCUUUGGGCUAUGUUUUGAUGUACUUUAACCUGGGGUCAUUGCCUUGGCAAGGCCUAAAGGCAGCAACAAAAAGGCAGAAGUAUGAGCGCAUUAGUGAAAAGAAAAUGUCAACGCCUAUUGAAGUUCUCUGCAAAGGUUACUCAUCCGAGUUUGCCACAUACUUGAACUUCUGCCGCUCCCUGCGUUUUGAUGACAAACCAGAUUACUCUUACUUAAGGCAAUUAUUUCGAAACCUCUUCCACCGACAAGGCUUCUCCUAUGACUAUGUCUUUGACUGGAACAUGCUCAAGUUUGGGGCCAACAGAGCAGCAGAUGAAGAUCGGGAACGCAGGGAACGUGAGGAAAGAAUGAGGCACAGUCGAAAUCCAGCAGCUCGUGGAUUACCCUCAACUGCCUCUGGAAGACUGAGAGGAAAUCAGGAAGUGGCACCACAGACACCUCUUACACCCACAUCUCAUACUGCUAAUACAUCUCCACGCCCUGUCUCUGGCAUGGAACGGGAGCGGAAAGUGAGCAUGAGGUUACAUCGUGGCGCUGCUGUUAAUGUUUCCUCAACAGAUUUAACUGGACGUCAGGACACAUCACGAAUGUCAACAUCACAGAAUAGCCUACCCUUCGAGCAUCAUGGCAUGUAGCUGGUCCACACGCAUUGAAGGCAGCACUGGAUCCCAGCCCGGGUGACUUCCAGCGGCAUCCAUUCCGCUGUUCCUCGAUGAAAGUGACUCACCGUGGAGAGUGGACAAUGCAUGGCCGAUGUCCCAUUAUAACCUUGAAACUCAUGACCCCCUACAAAGCCAACCGACAAAGUGAAGCUCUUGAUGCCUUUAACUAAAGUGCAGGAAGGAAACUUUAAAGUUUUUUUUAGGAACAUCUUCGCAAGGAGACCUUUUCCCUGACUGCAGUAUAAAAUACAAGUUAAAAGAUUGUGCCCACUGCUUCAGCAGCAGGGGUUCUAAAGACGGUUUACAGAAUUUACCGCAAAUAGAAUAGAUAUCGCCAUCCCUUCUCCUUCCAUGAUUGGCGUUAUGUAGCCUUUUAUUACUCUACUGUACAACUGUAGACCUAUACCUGGUUUAAAUAUUUUGUAUCACCCUGCUAAAAUUGAAAGCAGCAUCUAUGUAGAUAAGUAGAAUGUUGUCCUGCUUUUAUGUCUGUGAUGCUCUAUAGGUUUGAGAAUCUGAAAUGGGAAUUGACUGACUUGAAAAAUCCUGUAAUACAUAGGGUUGGCAGUGAGUGUUUGUGAAUUUAAAAUGCAGCUGAUUUUAUUUAAAGCUUUUUCCAGUCUUUUGUAUUAAACUUGAGUUUAAAAUGUUUUUGGUAGUACACUGUAACUAUUAAUGUUUUUUUGGUUUAGUAUCUAGGUUUGUUUGCACACUUUUAACUUCCACAUUUUAUUUUUGUCAUAAAAACUGAAUGAUCAUUGGUGCCAGUGGCCAUUUAGUGUCUUGUGGAAGAGGCAGAUAACUUAGCUGGCAGAAGCAGUGUGGAAUAAAGUGGCAGUGCCAAGGCUUAUCAAAAAAUGUGACCUUAAAAAUGAAAAUGUGGAAGAAUAAAGUUUUUUAAAAAAAGUAAAGGUAAAGCUGUGUUUUGGUGAAUUAUUUUUAAAAUUUCUGAUUAGUGUUGGUACAGAGUCUGUUCUCGGGAUUUCCUGUCCUAAGGACUUAUAGCAUCUCCAUUAAUCACUAGGCGUAGAGAAGUAUUUUAAACAAAGAGCUGUGAAGGAUUGUACAGUAAAAAAUGUGAACUCUGCCAUUAGCUUAAAGGGGGCUGAUGAAAUUUUACAUUCCAGUGUGUGUGCUUCAAAAAUUGUAUCUUGAUUUUUUUUAUGUUUACACGUGACAAUAGUGAAUCCAACUCAAAGGUUUUUUUUGAAAGCUAACUGGGUUUCAGCCUAAAAUGGAAUUUUAUAACAUUCUUGCUAUUGGUGUAGCUUCCAGAUAGCACACUGAAGGAAUGGAGGAAGUACAGCCUAACUCAUGAAUGUGUGUGCACUUCAUCAAAUGCACAGUUUGGUUCCUUUUUGUUUGUAACAGCCACAUUUGUAUUUCACUUCAGCCUCUUGGGAGGUCGCAUGAAAGGGUAUCUGGCGAAAAGUCAGAAAUGCCUUGCCAUUUAUGCAUGCGCACUGACGUGUUAAACAGGAGCACAGUUAGGCUGGCAUUACUGCAUUAAGAUUCCUCCUUUCAUUUCAGCAGUCCCAUCGUUUAAUUUUGUAAAUGUGUGUGGUUAAAUUAAUGUUUCCCAUAAGGUUUGUAAGGGGCAGAAACUUGAGAAUCAAUGUUUUCUUCCUAACUGGUGGUGCCUCCAAGACAACGGGCUCUUCCAAUUUUUCUUUUGUGUGGAUGGACCAUCGUUAUCUCAGGUGGCUGGUUUCCCCUCUGUAGAAUGUCUGUGUAUAACGUGUAAUGGUAACAAAAUACUGGUAACCUAUUUGUAUUGCAGCUGUAUUUGUGUACUUUAAAAAUGUAAAUAAAUUCAUAAUAACUUGUAA